GACGGCUAUUUACUUUUCAGUCAUUCUUUCGCGAGGUCUCAAAGAAAGUGGCCGUGUUUAAAAUAAGUAAAAAUAUAUUCGCGAGUGAAUAUGGGGUGUUUAAUAAAUACAGUGAUAGUUUUUCUACUUGUUGGUUUGACGAAGUCUUCAACGCACACUUACAAAGCUGGGAUCGCGAGCAGCACGCAAUGCAGAUUCGAUGCGUGUGCGCAGCUCGUCCAGAAUGCGGCUAAAGCCAAUGUUGAUAUAUUGGUGCUGCCUAUCCCUGAAGAUAUUUCUAGAUCAAUUCAAACAGAUAAUUUUGAUGAGACAGUGAAAGUGAUCUCAGGAUUGGCGAAGGACAAUAAAAUCUAUAUCGUGUCACAUUUGCGGGAGAAGGUGCGAUGUCAAGAGAAAACUGAAACUAUCAGGAGUAACCUGGUCUUCGACCGGCAAGGGAGCGUCAUUUCUAUCUAUAGAAAACCCCUGGACCCCACUGCCACCUGCAACGUCACGGCCACCGAAACUACCUUCGUAACCGAUUUCGGAGUCACCUUCGGUUUGCUGAUGCCAGAGGAUUUGGUGCUCAGAAAUCUGCAGGGAAAGAACUAUGUAGUGGCAGGCGAGUGGGGAUCAGAGAUUCCGGCUCUUGCAGCUCCUCAAUUCUUUAAAUCCUGGGCCUUCACCACCAAUGCGAACCUGGUGACUUCUUCCGGGAUAUUCUCUGGGAAGGCUGGAGAAACUGGCCACGGAACUGGCCUCGUUGUAGCUGAACUGAAGAAGGAUGGAGAAGAUUCCAUCAGCGCUCCUUUCACCACCACAUCUCCUUACACCGAGGAUCUGAGCCAGUACAUCAUCAGGCCCCUGGAUCUCGCUAGCCAGAAUGUGCGGAAGACGGUGUGCCAUGGACAGUUCUGCUGUCAGUUCCAUGUCAAGACCAGUGGCCCUGGACCCCAAGGCUUGUACUUCGGCCUGGCCGCGUUUGAAGGCGUCCGCCAUUACGGUUGUGGUCAACACAUCGGCACACAGGAAUGCGCUCUUCUCCCCUGCGUCGGAAGCCUCAAGAGUUCUUGCGAUAUUGGAUCCAUCAAUAACACCAACAUCAUUUUCGACGAAAUCUCCAUCACCGCUAACUUCAAGCCCGAAGAAUCUGCUCAAUUCCCGAUCAUUCUGUUAACCGACACUCUGCCAAACAGUCAAUUUCGGUUUGACAGCAAACAUGGAAACAAUACCAACCAAGUAACUGUCAAACUGUACGAUGGACAAAACCUUUUGAAUUUUGGCAUUUAUGGAAGAGAUUUCUCGAAGGACUAUGUCGGGAAAGCUGUGAUCUAUGAUAAUAAUGAUGGUUUGACGUAUAAGAUCUAUGAGUACAUCAAUAGUGAUGAGGUUUUAGAGUUCUGUGAUUAUGUCUGGAUCCGAUUGAGGGUGCUUAUUUUCGUUGUUUCUAUCUACGUUUUGGAAAUGAUGUAAAUGUAAGUUUGUAAUUAAGUAGGUAUAUUAUUUUUACAGAAUUUCAUCGCGCCAUAAUUUUUUGCUUAUUUGCAAUAAGUUAGUUAUUAAAUAAGUACUUUGAAAUAUGUUAAUGUUUUAACAACGAAACGCAGAGCAACUAGAUAAUCAGUUGGCAUGCUUACGACUGUUAUUAGAUAAUCUUAUAUAUAUUUUUUACUUAUAACUUUUACCAAAAAAUCAAAUAGCAUGUCUAAAAUUCCUAUUUUUCCAUUUAAUUUUGAAACUAUCCCAGUGUUAUUAGUCGCGACGUGUUUUCUUGAGGUUUUGUUUAUAAGUCUACUCUUUUAUUUCAGAAAAUAUUUAUUUAUUUAAGGUUUACCAACAAUUGUUGACAUCUAUACAUUAAUAAUGUACUAAGCUAAAACAUGUAAGGAGUGGUGUCACAAUUACUUAGAGGUAAACACCGCAUGCAUAACAUAACAUAAGUAAACAACUAUAGAAAUACCUAAAUUUAAACUUAUUUUCUAAUUAUUUAUGUUUCUAAUUAUUUGUGUUUUAAGAAAUAUGUAUGUAUCUCUGCGAUACACUCCAUAAAAAAUGUAUGAUUUUUUUAUUAUUAUUUAUAACACGCAAACUAUGACAUAUAGCGCUAGUAAUAAAUUACUGAAAUUAAAUUAUAUUUCUAAAAAUAUAUUCGCGAAAAACCAAGGUUAGGUUAAAGAGCAAUAUUUGCACAUAUUUGAGAAAUACUGCAGAUUUUUUUGGAAUAACUAAUUUCGGUAGGUAACUAUUCUGUUGUUUUGGUUACGAAUGUGGCGACGUAUCUAAGUCACGUUUUCAUUCACAUGUAAGAUUUAAGGAAUUUGUAGUUUUCGUAUGCAAAUUAAAAAAAAAUGUACAAAGACCUCAUUAAUGCAGUGUUUUCCACUUGGAAAACCCAAAAUUGUAUGUCAGCGUAUAUCAAUAUGGUUACUCAUAUUCAAAAUGUCAGGUAUCAUAUUUUUAGAAUUUUAAGUAGGUACAUCUACUUGUACUUAUUAGUUAUUAUAAUUCAUUCAGUUUUCAUGUUGUAACAAAUAAGAAUAUGUCUAAAAAUAUAUGCUUCAUGUAGCAGUACGAGUACAUGCUACAAAUAUUAUGUUAAUCCUGUAUUGAAUAGGAAAAACUAUCCAUUAACAGCACCAGCACCUCUUCGAUAAUCGGCAUGGUGAAUCUUAACGUAGAUCCUGCAAAAAGUGGAUACCAAAGUCUGGUGUCAAUUAAUGGGUAUUUUACCCUAUUUUUUUUUUUUUUUUUUAAAUAUGAAGUUAAGUCAGCUGUGUAAAUGGUAAAGAGUGUUUUAUAGUAAACGACUGAAUACUGUGAUAUUAGAUUAUUAUCCUACGCAUGGGUGGAAAAUAGAGAUCGUUUAGUUUUA